UGCCGAGAGUUAAAUAGUAGAUAAUAAUAACGUUUGUGUGUCGUAAGUUAAACUUAAUGCAAAGAUGUUUUCCCAACUUAGUGUAUACUAUACUCACUAUGUCUGUUUUUUUUUUAUCACAAACGACGUCUUAAACAUUGAUAACAAUGUCUUAUGUUAGUGAUAACAUUUGAGGUUGUAAUCUAAUAAGUGUUUAUUUACAAUUUUUUUUUUCAAAACUUAAAAUGACUUGUGUGUAGUUGGUCGAUUUAUUUUUGAAAUAAUACACUUUAUACUUAAAUAUUAUUACUAGUGACAUUGUUUAAAAAUUAGUGUUUUAUUAUUAUUUUUAGUUAAUCUAUUCUAUAGUUUUUUUGUAUUUUUUUUUCAAAAAUGAAAAUAAAUGAAAAAAACUUAUGUGCUUAUUCAACAUCGUCUAGCCCAAUUGAUAAAGAAGGAUGGCUAUGUAAGCGUGGAGAAUUAAAUAAGGGAUAUCAAAAACGAUGGUUUGUUUUAAAAGGAAAUCUAUUGUUUUACUUUGACCGUAAAGUUGACAAAGAACCCGUUGGUGUUAUCAUACUUGAAGGAUGUACAAUAGAACUAGCAGAAAAUGAUGACCAAUUUAGUUUCAAAAUUGUUUUUCAUGGUCCUAAUAACAGAAGCUAUAUAUUAGGAGCAGAUAGUCAAGAAUGUAUGGAACAGUGGAUGAAAGCAUUAGCAUGUGCCAGUUAUGAUUACAUGAAGUUAAUGGUUGCUGAUUUACAAAGACAACUCAAAGAACUUGAACAUACCUCUAAUCAUGAAUCACUCCAGUUACCAAAAGAUCAAAUAACACAAUCAAAUGAGUCUUGUGAACGUACAUCACCACAUCCUCCUCCUAGAGGUCGUCAUAAUCCAUUUAAUAAACCCAUUUCCCAGUCUCCUCAACGUAAAGAUAUUGUUUCCCACCGUAUUAUUACUUUUAAGGAGCUACAUAACCAGUUGGGUAGAUCAAUUCUUCGUGACCGAAAUGAAUGGCGAUUUGGUCUUAAUAAACAGAAUUUAACCAAUGAAGAACCACUAAUUAACCUUUAGUAUAUCAUAAUACAUGUUUGUAAUAUAUUGUAAAUUAUUGUCUUUUUAGAAGAUAUUAUGAUGUAUUUUGAUAGUUUACUAAUCUAUUUCAUUAUCAAUAUACAAAGUUUAAUUUUUUUAUCAAA